CCCACGCCGCGCGCGCCGCCGCAGCCCGCGGCCCGGCGCCUGGUCCACGCGCCCGCGCAGCGGCAGCUCGCGCUCACAAGCCCGUCCACCGACGAUGGCGUGAAUCGAGCUUUAUUCGCCAUGUCAAAAGUGGGCGGUCAGCUUAUGAAGAGUCUGUCAACCUCACCCCAUGCAAAAUUCGAAAGCAAACACGCGGAUAUAAUGAGAAGGCUGGACGAACUCAACGCUUUUCGGAAGGCUCACUUUGAUUCUAAUUCAUCAAACCUCGAUCCAGCCAAGCAAAAAACGUGCAUGGCUUUAACUGAUCGAUACGCCUGUUCUAUAAUUUCCACUGGUUUUGAGAGCAUGAGUGAUACUGGCAAGACAAAGUAUGCGAAAGGUCUAGAAAAAUUGGUUAAAGCCCGUACUCUGCCAUUUGGUCCCGACGAACCCCACUUGAACGCAUGGGCUAACUUAAUGCUUGCUAGUGCUCCGCGCACCAAGGGGCAAGUACGCAAGGGGCGUGGCAUUAUCGACUUUGGAGAUAGAUAUGCUAAAACGGUAGCAAGAAUCCAAAAGACAGCGGCCAGUUAUGUAGCUCUUUAUGACGGUAACACUUUACAAGUGACCUGUUGUCGAACGGCGCGGAAAGCCAUUGAAGACUACCUCAAUGAGGAGAUAGUGACCUCUGAGAAAGAGGCGGCGGAAGCAUCCCAAUUGGUGUUGAGCUUCGUCGCAGCUUGCCGAGGAUCGAGCGAAAAUGACGGGGAGAUAGGGUUUAGUGUGAGGGAGCCGAGCCGCAGUGAGAUCCAGAGAUACCUCGAUGAGGCCCACGCCGCAGCGUCUGCCGAUGCAAAUUACACACCCACCACGGCCCUCUCUGUCGAAGAGUAUCUGAAGCAAGGUAAUGUGUUUCUGUUUAUUGAUGAAUCCAAGUCGCCAAAAGAUGGGUCUAAGCUCAUCCACACGUCACUCUGCCAAGUAUCAGACAAGGUCUAUGGCCUGGACGAGAAAGACGUACUACUAGAACAUGUGCAAACUGCAAUUGACAUUGGCCGAGUUAAUGAGCCUGCUUUCAAGUUAGCCCGCAAUAUUGUUAAAAGGGAAGCCCUCACAUGUUUUCCAAGCAGCCCUCUCGAGAUGCCAAAUGUAGAAGCAAACGAUCAUACUAAAAUGGUUCGCACGAUGGUGAUAUCACUAAACGCGAUGAACAAGUUGCGAGACAAGAACUGUGUCUUCGAGAAGAAGUUCACCUUGCAUCAUUUGAGCCUGAUUCAGAAUGGAGAUAGUCUCAAUUAUUUACGAGCUAGUACUUCAGGAACCUAUUACGCGUACUGCUGGUGCUGGCCGCGCUGGCCUUUGUUAGAGACCGACCAGAACCCGUGGAAGCCCGAGAUCAUGCCCGAGCCCUGAAUUGUUUCCCAUAGAUAUCACAUCGCAUUUCGGAACGGAAUACUACUUCGCGAAUUGACCAUAAAGUGCGCCUUCGUCACGAAGCCCACACAACAACCUCGGCAUGUCGAGGCAAUAGAGUCGGAAACUACGACCGACACAUCCACCCGCGGCGCCGUCGCGUCUCUUCUGAGGCGCGGCGGCGUCGCACCACCCGCGGCGCCGUCGCGUCUCUUCUUGAGGCGCGGCGGCGUCGCACCACCCGCGGCGCCGUCGCGUCUCUUCUGAGGCGCGGCGGCGUCGCACCCGCUGCGCCGUCGCGUCUCUUCUUGAGGCGCGGCGGCGUCGCAUUACCCGCGGCGCCGUCGCGUCUUUCUUCUGAGGCGCGGCGGCGUCGCAUCAAGACCCGGUCGGCGUUGAGAACGCCGACGUGGUGGAUCCAAGAGCCCGGCGCGGCCGUGCCGCCGGGAGACG